AUGAGAUACCUUCAGAGGGUUCUCACCUUCCGGGCCAUUUCCUGUUUCUGGCCGCAAACCCGCCCUUUUGCUUUGAGUACGACGGAUGUCCCAAUAUGGCCGCCCGCACGGCCACGGAGAGCGGGCGCGGACAUAAUACCUCGUAGGAAAUACCAGAAAUUCGUUGUUCGAAGGUCCCCAGUGCUCGUCGGCCGCCGUACGCUGAGGAGUUCCCGAAGAUCCACGUUCAGAAUCUCCCCGACGACGAGUGGACCUGCUGUAGGAUGGAUCCAUGAAAUCACUGCCGGGGCGGUCGAGGAGGGUAGAAGCGCCAAGAGGGAGGUAUUUAAGGAGAACCAGGUGGCGCCCCUAUUUGAGGGUUUUGAGGGGAACCAGGCAGGUGUGUUUGUGGUUGGGGUACUUCUGGGGUCAUUAAGACGGUUAAGGAUCUACAGGGAAUCAACGACCAUGUCGGCGCUGUCGAGAGGGCGCCAAAAACUCAGCAGCACUAAGUGCCAAGUCAUCAAACAUCAGAAAAUUUUAAAACCUCAUGUAUGAAGUGAAUAUGGAAAAUGCUUCAUUCAAAGGUCCUGGUUCAGUGAUCACCAGAAUCUUCAUGCAGAACGGGAACCUCACAAAUGCAGUCUAUGUGGGAAAGCAUUCUCCAGCAAGUUCAUGCUCACUGAACACCAGAGAAUGCACAUACAGGAGAAAAACCUUAUGGAUGCACUCACUGUAUGUGGCAAAGUCUUCCUCAAGAAAUCACGGCUCAGUGUACAUCAGAAGACACACACAUGAGAGAAACUCUUUAUGUGCAGUGAAUGUGGAAAAGGCUUCAUCCAGAAGGGAAGUCUCAGGGUACAUCUGCGGAUUCAUACAGGAGAGAAACCUUGUAUAUGCAACCAGUGUGGGAAAGGCUUCAGCCAAAAGACAUGUCUCAUAGCAUAUCAGAGAUUUGCCACAGGAAAGACUCCCUUUGUGGGCAGUGACUGUGGAAAACCCUGUUCCCAGAAGACAGGUCUCAUUAAACAUCAAAGGACUCACACAGGAGAGAAACCCUUUGAAUAUGGUCAGUGUGGGAAAGUCUUUCUCGGGAAGUCACAGCUCAUUAUACAUCAGAGAACUCAUAUAGGAGAGAAAACAUGUAGAUGGAUUGAAUGUGGGAAAUCUUUUCAAGGGAAGUCAGUCCUCAAUAAACAUCAGAAAAUUCAUUUAGUCAAGGUAGAAAGUUCUCCCUCAGUCACAGGUCCUCACAGACCGGUAUUGUCCUGA